CCACUAUACCACGCGCUCUCGGUUUGCGCAGGCGCAUUCCUCCGGAGUCCCUGCACUGUUAGAGCGCCGCUUCUUUUAGCUCGUCAAACUGGUUGCACUACGUAUAGUAGUCGUCUUUUCGUUUCAAAACCUCUUUUGAAAUACUUCAACAAUGUCACGGUAUCACGAGACUUGUUCAGUAGUUUUUGUCCUUUGCUUACUUGGUUUUGCUGUCAGUCAGACUACAGAUGGUCCAUCAAUUUCAAACAGCACAGAGAGCAGCAACAGUUCUACAGUAACCAGCACUGCAUCUCCUGAAUGCUUAAUGGUAAACACAUCGACCUGUUUGGCUUGCUCACCGGGAACCCAUUAUAGUAAUGAAACAUUGAAUUGCUCUUGCUGUCCAGAUGCUGGUAUGUGUUCAUCUCUUGCAUACUGUGUAUUGUGCCCCAUGGGAUACUUUCAGCUUUUGGCUGGACAGUUGCAGUGUCUUCCCUGUAUGCAAGGCUUCUAUAGCAAUUCGACUGGAGCCCUUUUUUGUCAUUCUUGUCAACCUGGCUCAUUUUCAAACAGGACAGCUUCACAGAUUUGUUCUGAAUGUGGUCCAGGUUACUACACAUCUAUAGAAAAUUCCACAACAUGUGAACCUUGCCAACUGGGGACAUAUUGCAAUACUUCAAGAUGCACAGAAUGUUUAAAAUGCCCUACUGGAAGUGAAGCUCUCCAGAUAGCUUCAAGGGACUGCACGCUUUGUCGACCAGGUAUGUACAAGACUGUCCAUGACACCAUGUGCCAUAUUUGUGAAAGUGGCUCUUAUCAAACCAAGUGGGGACAGGAGAAUUGUGACAUUUGUCCUUCCAACUACUAUUGUCCGAGCCCAGAUGUAAGUCCUAUCCUGUGUCCUGUUGAUGCAUUUUGUCCCGAGGGAAGUGUAGCUCCUGGUUACUGUAUGGAGACUUUCUUCAGAAAGGUUGGAGAUACGUGUCAGUUAACUCCUCUCACCAUUGCAUUGCUAGUCAUUGCAAUUGCAUUGAUGAUUGUCAUCGUCCUUCUAGUGAUCCUUAGGAAGAGGAAGGAUCAGGACAGAGAGCUGACAUUGUCAAGGACUCCUCUUUUGGCCAAAGAGAGAACCCCAAAGAAGAGUUAUGGGGUUGCCUGGGACGCUGAACCAGUUUAUGCUGGUUGGUAGCAAAAAAAACAAUAUUGAAGACCCAAUGAAGUGCAUAAGACUGCAUAUACUCCACUUCUGGAAAGAACUGACAUUUAUUCAGCUGCUUCAGUUUCUGAGAAACUUCAAAGGCAGACCAGGCCUUCAGUGAGCUGUGUCGAGCUGCCUGAUGACGUAGGCUUGGAUUUUGCACCGCCUGUGCUUUGAACAGCUCUUAUUCUGGCUUCAGUAUGUGUGUGUCUUUUAAUGAGAACAUCGUCCCAUCUUCAGGUGUUCUCUGGAAGCGCAGGUCCUCUCUCUCUUGUAAGGCAUGUUGAUAAUUCACUCUGUUCUGUUAUUGCAGUGAUGACGGGCUGCAGAGGUGGGUGUGAUUUCAGCAAUAAAUCGGAAGAAGCCGAUAUGCGUCACUUUUUCGUUUUAAGCUGCUCGAUGGCAUAUCUGUUGCGGUUGCAACACUGUCUGCAGGAGAUGUGUAGUUGGGGCCGCACUUUCUUUAUGUUCUCCUGCCAGUUGGACGUCAUUCCAGCAUUGCUCUCGUGUAUAACAUCCAUGAUGGCAAGUAUUGUUAAACUGGCCCCUGGUGCGAGAACCGUUUAGAUUAAAAUCCGUUGAACCUGAUUGGACUGCGACAUAGCCACUGGGGCAGACUGGCCUUGGCAUUGCUGUCAUUUUAUAAAAACUUCAAUAGUUUGUGUAAUCGUUGUUUUACGCAAAUGUUUACUUCUCUGAAGAGAGAAAUAUUGGAAUAAUGCAACAUUUAAAUAUGUAGUUUACUAUUUAUAUAUAUAUAUAUAUGGUGGUUAAUUUUCAAGUUGUUGUUCUGAAUGAACACUCGUGUUCAGCACUUCUUUUUUCUUUUUUCCUGAAGAGGAUUUUAAGACAGCCAUUUUAGAGAUUCUCUUUGGAACGCGUGACAAUAAACUUUGAAAGUGGACACUUGCGUACCUUUAAGCCCCUCUUCACUCGAUGAUCUCCCAGGCACACAGUUUUAAUGUUCUGUCAUGACACAUUUCUAGUUGCUUAAGUUUGUUUUUGAAGUGCCAGCAUCCAUCUUAGUUACUGAGUGUCUAUUAAGACGAUAAGAUUAAAAACAAAAUGAAACACGCCUGAGGCCUGGCCAAGAGGACGGCUCUUCUCCGUAGGCAGUCGGCCUGUUCUUGUACCUGAUGGGCACAUCGGCCAUGAUGGAAGACGAUGGUGUGAUGUAAUGAUUCAAGAGUAUAAUGCUUUUAUUAUUUUUAUACAUCAUUUGUUAUAAAAAAAACUGUCAAGGAAAUUGUUUUGCUAGGAUUGCUGCCUUCCAGAGUUAACCAUACGCGUCACUUCCUGCACACUAAAGACUAAUCUUGCACUCCGUUUUACGAUGUGUGACUCGAGCUGUUCGUUUUCACUGUUGCACAUUCUGUUUUUUUCUGUAUGGAGAUUUGCCAUAUUUUUGAGAAGUUAUAAAUUGGUAAAUAAAUUAUUUUGUGAACAGUA